CAUGUAAACACCGGUGAGGAAGGAACCAGCGAGGUAAGAAGGUACACGAAUACAAAAAUAUCGCAUUUGCCUCCGCCGUCCAUAAGCUCACCCCACCUCCCCUUCUUCCCGGUGCCCGAGGUAGCAGGAGACGGAGGAAGCGAUGGGGGUGGCCAAAGAAGACGUCGAAUCCGCGCUCACUUCGGCUCUCAAGCCCUCUCAUCUUGAAGUGAUCGAUACAUCCGGAGGAUGUGGGGCACGGUUUGAGAUCGAGAUAGUAUCGGAGCAGUUCGAGGGGAAGAGGCUGCUGGAGAGGCACCGCCUAGUGAACGGUGCGCUGGCGGAGCAGAUGAAUCACAUCCACGCCCUCUCCAUCAAGAAGGCCCUCACCCCUUCUCAGUGGAAUCCCCAGCAGUAGCGCCACCACCAUCAUCCAACCAUCUAUUAGUGAGUCUUAAUAUGCUCUCCACACAAUAAUACAUACCUUGAAACAAUUGCAUGUCGUGGUUGUGCCGACAUUGAGAUGUUCUUAUAUGAUUUCUAGAUCAAAGAUUCUGUAUUGUUAUUGUGUUCCCUAUGCGAUCGAUGAUUUUUGAGUUGUGUUUGCUUUUUGA